AUGACAUCAAAGUGUGCACUGUGCGACAAACAACUUGACUCAAAUUUUCGAUUAGAUGGUCGAUGCGAAGAAUGUUGGCGAUGCAAUCAAGCACAGACGUUUGUUAAGAUGCUCGAAAUUAUACGAAAUCUCGCAGUUAAGCAGGCUGACUUUGAUGAAACGUAUCAAAGAUGUCGACAACUCCAAUUGGUCAUAGACAGUUACUCAAUAUAUAUUACUAUAUUAAAACAAUUAAAGCUCGAUGAUCAAGAUAAAGAUAAAAUCGCAAUUCCCUAUUUACGUAACCGUUUGCCAAAGAUUGAUAUUAAAUUGUAUGAAAAUUAUUUCCCUAUCGAACUUGAAACUAGCGACCAAAAUAAUAAUCUGCUGAAAAGUAUCGCUUUUCUAUGUUCUAUCAAUACUGUAGAUAACUUCAUUGAAUUACGCGUACGCAAUAUCAUUGAUAUGGUACUAAAUGCCGAUACCUACAUUAAAAAGAAUUCAGAUUUGAACGAACUUCAAAACAUGAAACCUACAUGGCUGAGAUGGAUCGUUGAUAACGCACGAGAUGAAAUCUGGUGUCAGAAGGACCUACCAAAUUCUGCUACAACUAGUCUACGCCUCUACAGUCUCAGCAAUGUUCUCAAUGUCAUAAUCAAAUCUCUUUGCCCUCAAAUGUUUGGACACGCAGAUGCGAUUCAUCAUCGGCUACAUCGAACUUAUACACCUUUGUCUUUACAGAAAGUCAACGCCUAUGAAACACCAAUCCACAUUCUGUGGGCUAGUAAAACAGCACUAUCAUGCAUAGAUACAAGUUCACCAUGGCUACCCGACCGUGUCGUGCCCCUUCUUCCAUUGAUGCAAAUAACACAAUUGGAAAAUCUGGAAUCCAAUGAGAUGUAUCUGCCGAUUCCAGGUAAAUGA